AUGGCAAAUCUUAAAGAAUUAAUAAAAGAAACUAAAAAUAACCCCAAACUUUCAAAUAUUAAAAUCAAAAUAAAAUCACCUUUAAUUAUAAAGAAAAAAUCAUUUAAUAGUAGAGGAUUUUUUUAUUACCUUGAUGCAGGAAACGGAGGUGAUGUAAUAAGAAUUGGUAAUUCUGGGGAGGAAAAAUUCAAGCACUGGUUCGAAACAUAUACCGGUAAAAAUCCCUAUGAACUUUAUGGAGUUUGCGAUGAAGAAAAGAAUUUUUGGGGAUUUUCAAGACUCCCUCGUGAUAAAGCGAAACUAGAAUUGGCUAAUUUAUUUAAAAAUGCAAGCAAAGUUUUUGGUAGAGAUGGAAACGAUAAAUCCUUUUUAAAUCAAGAUGCUUUUGAGUUCCUAAAAAUAGCCACUGGUCAUGAACCCCUAUCAAUUUCUUAUCAAGUGGGAGAAGAAUUUUUUUUAAAAGAUUUUGAAAAUGAUGUGGAUAAAAUUGGAGAUGAUAUUGUAGUAGAGCAAAGAGUAGUAGAGGGAAAUAAUAAUCCUAGCAAAGUUAAUCUAAAUGAUUUCAGUAGUUCACGGAUGCAUGGAAGCACCGGCGGAAAUCCAUUUAAUGAUUUGGAUGUCAUCCGAAAUACCAUUGGUUCAAAU